AUGCUCGGACACGCGCUCGCCGGCGCUGCCCUCCUGGGCCUCGCCUCGUCCAACCCCAUCGUCGCACAAGCAGGACAACGCGUCGCGAUCCCGAACUGGGACCUGCAACCCGCAAGCGGCGUUCAUGGAUCGCUGGACACAGUGUCGAAGCCGGGCCACGACACUUCAUCAUGGCACCACAUCCCGCUCCCGAGAUGCACAAUCCUAGGCUGCCUCCUCGGCGCGGGCGUGUACAAGGACUCGGAGAUUUGGUUCUCCGACAACAUGAACAAGUUCGACUGGGGUCAAUUCCUGCAGCCGUGGGUGUACCGCAACGAGUUCGCGCUCGCUGGCAAGGCCGGCAAGGGGCAGCACUACUUCCUCGAGACCAAUGGCAUCAGCUCGCGCGCCGAUCUGUACCUCAACGGCAAGAAGAUUGCGGACAAGGCGGCACAGGCGGGUAGCUUUGGUGGACACACGUACGACGUCACCUCGCUCGUCGGAGAGAAGAACGCCCUUGCCGUCAAUGUCUAUCCGUCCGACUUCAACUACGAUCUCGUGCAGGGAUUUGUUGAUUGGAACCCGCACGCACCGGACAAUGGCUCGGGCAUCUGGCGCGACAUCGUCGUCAAACAGACGGGUUCCGUGACGAUGGGCCCCGUGAGUGUAUCGGUCGACAUGGACGUACCCGUCGAAAAGAGUCGCGCCACGGUUACCGUCCGUGCGACGGCGCGCAACUUGGAGGACCACGAUGUCAAGUUCGUGGCGCGAUCUGUCGUCAAGGACCCCAAGGGUUGCAAGGCGCUCACCGAGGACAAGACCAUAACACUGCGCGCAGGCGAGACGCAGACGGUUGCGAUUGUGCACCGCAUCGGCAAGCCCCAGAUCUGGUGGCCCAAGACAUGGGGUGCCCAGCCCCUGUACACUUCGGCGCUCACGUUCACCGUUGACUCGAAGCUGUCUGACACCUCGAGCCAGCGCUUCGGUGUGAGGACCGUGACUUCGCGCCUCAACUCGUACAACGACACCAUGUUUUCUGUCAACGGGCACCCGUUCCAGGUCGUCGGCGGUGGCUACUCGCCCGACCACUUCUUCCGAUGGGACGACAAUGGCAAGCGCUGGGAGGACAUUGUGCGAUACUCGCUGGACAUGGGCCUCAACACCAUCCGCCUCGAGGGUAUGAUGGAACACCCCCAGCUGUACGAAAUCGCCGAUGAGAUGGGCAUGAUGAUUAUUGCGGGCUGGGUGUGCUGCUCGAAGUGGGAGAGCUGGGAGUACAACCAUGAGCUGCAGAUUGAUCCUGUGCCGCUCUGGACCGACAACGACUACGACACGGCCAACGCGAGCAUGCGACACGAGGCGUCUAUGCUGCAGCCUCACCCGAGCAUGCUCGCCUAUUUCGUCGGUAGCGAUUUCUGGCCAAAUGACCGUGCCGUAAAAAUCUACGUCGAUGCGUUGAAAGGUGCCAGCUGGGAGGUGCCGAUUAUCGCCUCUGCCAGCAAGAGAGGUUUCCCGGCGCUUCUCGGCCCCGGCGGCAUGAAGAUGGAUGGCCCUUACGACUGGGUGCCUCCGAACUACUGGUAUGAUACGGAGCCGUCCGAGGACCGGCUAGGCGCUGCAUUUGGCUUUGGGUCCGAGCUGGGCGCCGGCGUGGGCACCCCGGAGAAGGGUAGCCUCGUGCAGUUCCUCACUAAGAGCGAGAUGGAAGAUCUCUGGACCAAGCCGAACAAGAACAUGUUCCACAUGUCGACAAACAUGUCCUCGUUUUACAACCGUAAGAUCUAUAACGAGGGUCUCUUUCAACGCCUCGGCAAGCCCACCUCGCUCGACGACUAUCUCCUCAAGGCGCAGAUCAUGGACUUUGAGGCAACGCGCGCACAGCACGAGGGCUAUGCCUCGCAGUGGAACGCCAAGCGGCCCGCCACCGGCACCAUCUACUGGAUGCUCAACAACGCGUGGCCCAGCCUGCACUGGAACCAGUUCGACCACUACAUGCACCCGGCGGGCUCCUACUUCGGCACCAAGGUCGGCGCGCGGCUCGAUCAUGCCGCGUACGACUACGUCCGCCAGAGCGUGUGGGUGAUUAACCGCUCGCUCGCCAAGGACGGAGCGCGCACCGUCGACGCCGAGCUCAUGGGCCUGGACGGCAAGGUCCUCGACAAGCAGACGCUGCGCAUCAACAGCAAGGCCAACACGGCUGCCAGCGCGGGUAAGCUCAAAGGCGUGAGCAAGAUCAAGGGCGUUGCGUUCCUCCGCCUUGUGCUCAAGGACGGGGCGGGCAAGACGCUGAGCCGCAACGUGUACUGGCUCGCCAACGCGGGCGGCGUGGACCAGCUGAACUGGCCCAACUCGACGUGGUAUCACACCCCCGUGAGCAAGUUUGCUGACUUUUCGUCGCUGUUCUCGAUGAAAGCCGCGCAGGUGUCGCUCACCAAGGGCAAGGCGGGCGGGGACGGCUCGCACGGGCUCGUCCUGGAGAACAAGGCGCGCGUGCCGGCUUUCUUCGUGCGAUUGAACCUCGUUGACGCGAAGGGCGCGGACGUUAAUCCCGUUGUCUGGUCGGAUAACUAUGUGACGCUGUGGCCGGGCGAGAAGAUGGAGCUGGACGUCAGCUUUAGAGGGCCGGGAGCCAAGGUGCAGGUUAGCGGCGGCAACGUCAAGGCCGCAGAGGUUUCGUUGUAG